UGUGUAUAUGGGUAUAGCCUACCGGGCGGAGUAAUUCGUGUUGGUAUCUAUUGAGUGCAUGCGUGUGUGCGAGUGCGUGCUACGGUUGCUGCUUGUCACUCAUUGUGCCGCGAACACGGGUAGCGACAAGGACCAAAAUCCCGUCCGGUAGCAGUUGUUGUCCGUGGAAAGGCUGAUAUCUGUUUACCCCCCAUCAGUAGAGACAUCUCGCUUGUUUAAAGUGCGUCUGCUCUUCAAGGAGAAUAUCUGUGACACAUUACAAUGCUUCAAAUAAGGGACCUCAUCUGGGGAUUGCUAUUCAUUGGCUGUGCAGCUGCCAUCCAGGUGCAAAUCACUCCAAUGGUAGGAGAGAUCAGCGUGGGAGAAUCCAAAUUUUUCCUCUGCGAAGUGGUGGGAGAUGCUAAAGACAUAGACUGGUAUGCCCCUAGUGGUGAGAAGAUCCUUCCCAGCAGGCAAGACAUUUUUGUGAGCCGCAACGAUGAAACCACGUCGACCCUCACCAUAUACCACGCCACUGUGGACAGUGCCGGUAUCUACAAGUGUGUGGCAAAGAACGGUGACAAGGAGGCCGGUGAUAAGGAGGCAGAGGCAACAGUCAAUGUGAAGAUCUUCCAAAAAAUCACCUUCCAGAAUGCUCCCAGCCCACAGGAAUUCAAUGAAGGCGAUGAUGCUGACAUAGUCUGCGAUGUGACCAGUUCACCACCACCCGCCAUCUAUUGGAAACAUAAGGGCCAGAAGGUCCAGUUUGAAAAAGAUGUGCGUUUCAAGAUCUUGCCUAAUGGCCACAUGCAGAUCCGUGGCAUCAAGAAGGCAGAUGAAGGCAUGUACAACUGUGAGGCUCGCGUCAUGACCAGGGGAGAAAUUGACUUGAGGAUGAUCAAGGUCGUUGUUAAUGUUCUACCCACCAUCCGUGCCAGACAGUCAGACGUCAACGCUACAGCGGACAUCAGUAGCUCUGCUUUGUUGGCCUGUGAUGCAGAUGGCUUCCCUGAACCCACAGUCACCUGGACAUAUAACAACGUUGUCCUUGAAACGGGUGAUAAGUACAGCCUGAACGAGGAUGGUUCAGAAUUGGUAAUAAAAGACGUCAAGAAAGUGGAUGAAGGAGAUUACACUUGCAUCGCCAAGAACAAGGCAGGAGAGAAAGCCGAGGAAGUCAGCCUGAACGUGUUCGUGCAACCCAAGAUUACUUUCCUGAUGAACCAGACUGCGUCAGAGUUUGAUGAACAAGUCACCCUGACCUGUGAGGCAUCGGGCGACCCCACACCCACCAUCUCCUGGAGUUUUGAAAACAGGGUAUUCAGUGAAGGAGAGCAGGCUUCUUGGACGCGACCAGACAAAUAUGAGAGCCUUGAUAGAAAUAUUGUGGUACGCAGCCACGCUCGGGUGUCCUCUCUCACCUUGAAAAACAUCCAGUUCACGUAUGCCGGCCAGUAUCUCUGCACCGCCAGCAACUCCAUCGGCCAGGACAACCAGCACAUGCACCUGGAUGUCCGCUAUGCUCCAAAGAUCCUUGGUUCAGUGGCAGUGUACACAUGGGAGGGAAACCCAGCCAACAUCAGCUGCGAAGUGAAGGCUCACCCCGGAGCCUCUGUGGUUUGGUUUAGAGACGGUCUCCAGUUGCCCUCUGCCAACACCACCAACAUGAAGAUCUACAGCACACAAUCCACCAGCUACCUGGAGAUUACCCCGGAUUCUCAGAAUGACUUUGGGAGCUACAACUGCACUGCAACCAAUGUGAUGGGCAGUGAGUCCAAGGAGUUCCUUCUUAUCCAAGCAGAGGUGCCAUCAUCACCAGGAAUUGAACUGGUAGAACCUUUCUCCAGCACAGCAGUGGUAGAGUUUGAGGAGCCUGACUCCAUAGGUGGAGUGCCCAUUAUCAAGUACAAAGUGGAAUGGCGUAUGCCUGGCCAGGAGUGGACUGGCAUGGAGUAUAAUGCUGAGGACGAUUUGACCAAGAUCACCAUCGUUGGCUUGAAACCAGAGACCACCUAUGAGAUCAAGAUGUCUGCCAUCAACGGAAAAGGUGAAGGAGAGAGCAGCCCGGCCAGCACUUUCAAGACUGAGCCAGUCCAGUAUUCUUUCACAAUUUCACCAUCAGAGACACCAACACCUAUCGCUGCCACCACUAUGGCCUUUAAAGGGGAACCCAGUGCCCCCGUACUAGGAAUCAUGGUCCAAAAGGGAAAUACUCUUAAGAUCAACUUGAUCAGGCAGGACGAUGGCGGUUCCCCCAUUAUGCACUUCCUCGUCAAAUACAAGGCUAAGCAUGUAUCUGAAUGGAAACCAGAAAUCCGCCUUCCCGCUGGCAGUGAGUAUGUGGUGCUGAACAGCCUGGACUGGAAUACAGAGUACGAGAUUCACGUUGUGGCAGAGAAUCAGCAGGGCAAGUCGGAGCCUGGCACCCUCUCCUUCAGAACAGCUGCAGAUCCCACUACUAUCCCAGAUGCCAUGGACGGUGGCUCAGGCCUGGGCACUGGAGCCAUCGUAGGAAUCCUCAUUGUUGUCUUUUUCCUGCUGUUGGUGGGCGUGGACGUCACCUGCUACUUCCUCAAUAAGUGUGGGCUGCUCAUGUGCAUUGCUGUUAACUUCUGUGGAAAGGCCGGACCAGGUGCGAAGAGCAAGGACAUUGAGGAGGGCAAAGCAGCAUUCACGAAAGAUGAGUCUAAGGAGCCAAUUGUUGAGGUCAGAACAGAGGAAGAAAACACCACAAACCAAGAAGGAGGGGGUCCCACUGAGCCUAAUGAGACCACACCUUUGACAGAACCCGAGCCUGCUGCUGCAGACACCACCUCCACGGUGGUAAACUUGCUCCCCUCCACUGCCACUAACUCAGUUGCUGAGAGCUUUAGCACGGCGCAGAGCAGUCCUGCUAGUGAGAGCACCACGCUAACCACCAGCGCCUCCAGCCCAACCAAAGCUGCCCCUGCCAAGUCCUCCCCCAAAAACAGCCCUGCUGUCCAGUCCAGUUCGCUUAAAGCUAACACCCAACCUGAUGUUGGUCCCCUGGUUGACCUGAGUGACACCCCUAAAGUUCCCCCCUCGUCCAACCCAACACCCUCAGAGCCAGUCAGCCUGCCCUCUACUAAUGCCGAAGGGCCACAGAGCCAGCGUGACCCAGUCAAAGCCCCUGACAACACCCAGAAUAAGGACUUACAAGUAGACGGCCCGACCAAGGAUGCGCCCAUUGUCCUGUGCACAGACUCGACCACACCAGCCCAAAAUGACGGUAAGACUGUGAAGGAUGAUAACACCAAAGGUGAGACGGAGGUGAAGAAUGCCACAACCGAGGUGAAGACAGUUCCCAACGAGGCUCCCCAGGCGAACGGCAAUGAAAGUAAAGCGUAAUUUCCUUGACCAAGAGUAGCAGGAAGAAGAGGGUGGUUAGGGUAGGGAGGGUGGUUGGGUGUGGGGUUUUAAGGUUAAAAGGGUGGGGGGGGGUCACAGUCACUGAAACCUCAAAGCAAUGUCACACACCACCCCAUUGCAUCAGAAAAAAACAACUAAAAGUUACAGAAAAAAAAAAGAAAUCAUGGGUCUCUUUCUGCAGUGUCUUCUGACCAGGAAAAUGUAAAGACCUCAUGCACAUGCCUUAGCUCCUUUUGCGUCAGUUUUUAUUGUUUAUCACAGAAAGAAAAGAGAAAUUCAUACUAGUUCACCCUCUCUCUUUUAUGUAAUAUUAAAUUGAUCAGCUGGUAAAUAAGGAACAGAAUCUAUCUACUAUUUUCCUCUAGAUAACAAUGGUUGGACUGUAGCUUUACUUCACAGAUUACUGCCCACACACACAUAAGACUGGUGCAUUACCAAUACUAUAAUUCUAUAUGCAGUAUGGUCAUCAUCAUGUUAAUGAAAUAUGGGUCUUUUUUUUUUUUCCUUUGUCGAUAUUUUGUUGUGUUUAAAAAAUGUGCAGAUGUUACUGCCUAUUUAGCUUUUUUAAUGUGUUAUUUCCAGGGCUAGAGAUUAGAACAUUAGCAUGCCUGUUUUUACGAAGUUACUGUAUUUCUGUACAUUUUGCUGUCAUUUGGUUCCUCCUUAGAUGUUUUUUUUUUGUUUGUUUUUUUGUUUUUUUUGUUUUUUUCCUUAAAUGUUGUCUCCAUAUGGUUCUGGUCCAGAAAUAAUUUAUAGCCUAAGCUAUAAGAAACGGAAGAAGACACCGGAGAAAGAUUUGUCAUGCUUUUAAAGUCGAGGUUCGGGGUUUUCAACCCUGUCUCCCUAAAAAGUUUGUUCAUGCAGUACAUGUAUAUUGGUAAAUGGUUUUGCCUGUUAUAUUAUGCAAGAAACAUAACUGCUGCAAGCAUAAUGUUCACUCGCAUUGGGGGGUUUUUUAAGUCUGCAAAGUGCUGUGUUUCAUAGGGGAGGCCUGGUCGUUGUACAAAGUCCUGAAUCCCACACAUAGUUUUGUUAUGGCUUCUAAAUUUUGUAAGGAAAGUUGUAAUGACCCACAUCUUUUCUUAACCCUCAUCCAAGUGCUUUGAGUUGUAUAAACAUAAUAAUGAAUAGAGGAAUGUCAGUAAUGCCUUUGUUGACAUAAUUGGAUGUCGUACAAAAACAUGUGAAAUAGAUUGUCGGUGACUGUUUUGCUUUCAGCAUAAAUAUCUGGUUUCUUUGCAGAUAAGUUCACUGAAAUGUUAACUUAUUGUGUGAAAAACUGUAAUCCAAAUGUAUUUGCUGUUACAAAUGAGCUGUAUAUGAACAUUUUUAGGAGACAGGGUUGGGGUGGGUUGGGUUGGGUUUAGGGUAAAGAAAUGGUCACGUUGAAGUUUCUUGCUGUGUUCCUUUUCAGAGGCCACAUCUCCCAACUAAUUUUGAAGACUGACUAUGUUGUAAAAGGUCAACUUGUGUGUCUAGUUCCAAAGGAGAAAUGCUGCCUUAUUUGGCCUGAAUUUGAUGGAGAUUGCUGGUGUGCCCAGCUUUCAAUUCUUAUCAACUCAGAAAAUGAUCAUGUGGCCAAAUACACCAGGUGAGGUCACUGGUAAAUAUAUUUUAUAAGCUAGACCAUUUAAAAAGGAUGCUACAGGUUGUAAAUAAUGCAAGCCAGGCUUAAAGGCCACUGGUUCUUUUAGUAAGCCACAUAGUGAAUGUUAAUUUAAAUAUAUGGAUAUAAUUGCUGAUAAUUUUUGACCUCACGAGUUGAUGAGAACCACCCAUUAGUUCUGGUCUAAUAAGCGAUCCUUAUAAACAAUGUUUUUUGAAGGAGGUGGCACCUGUAAGGGGACACAGCUUAUGUGUGAUUUGUUAAUACUGUCAUUUGGUUUUCUUUAGGCCACACCUUUAUCUCCUUCUCUUUCACACACAACUUUUCCAGAGGUCUCUUUUAAGCAUUUCGGACCAGUUCUUUACCUGACAGGUUUGGGCUUACCGGUGACUUUAAAGGCUAUGUGUAUUUUGUCAAAACAUUUUCAGUAAGCAGGUUUGGACUGAGAAGUAGACAUGUUUGUUGAAAGAAAACAAGCCCUUGCAGGCUUGUCGACCAAACUCUCUGAAUUCUUGACACAUCAGUUUCCACUGCUUGCAAUUGGUCUUGGAUACUACACUCAGUUUAUUUCCUUGGAUUUAACCAAUCUUUACCUUCUUUUCUGGUUCAUAGCCAUUGUUGCCUUCUCUGUGCUAACCAAUAUUGUUCACUGCUUAUAACUCAACCUGACAUUUCUACACCUCUUGAGUCACCAAAUAUUUGAUGCCCUCAGUCAUCGUUUUCUCUCUUUCACCACAACUGUUGUCAGUGUGAGUUUGUGUCACCACUGCUUUCUCCAUCUUCCAUUUCAGUCUUUAAUUAGUUUGUGUCUGCGGUGAUGUGACAUGUAUUGUAGUUUUAGUACAGUUUAUCACUUUAUUCAAAGCUCAGUUUAUUACUAUAUUCUUAGCACAGGGUCCACUUACUGGAAAUUAUCUGGAAAAAUGUCUGGAAAUCUUUAAAAUGAGUCACGAUUGGCACAAUUGAGUUUUUAGCUGUUAUUCCUGGACAGAUGUUAAAGACACACAAAAACAAAAAAUCUGUGAUUUGUUGAAUUGAUUGAAUAAAAGAAAGCCAUAAAGAGAAUACACACAUUUUAUAGUUCAACACUUUUUUGGAGUUUGGAUAAGUUUGACUUCAGUACUACUACUGAUUUCUUUAGGCAGUUUGGCCCAUUGGUUUACCCAGAGAGAGGAGAGGACUCAUUACAUGAUCACUCUCUGUUUCCUAUAAAUAUAUCUGUUCAUUGUGCAUGUUCAAUACCCUCAGACAGCAAGCAAUAUACUAAACAUAACUCAAUGUAGCGUGCUAGGCAGCUGAGACCUGUAAUGUUUCAUUACAUGUAAAUAAAUGUAAUCAUUUUACUUCUGAAACAACAUUAUGCUGGCAUUAGGUUUAGUUUUUUGCUAAACUAGCAAAAUAAACCAUCUAUGCUUUUUAAGGGGUCAGUCAAUUUCAGAACAUGUGAUUGACAUGUACAAUUUUCACCAGCAUCAGACCAUUCCUGUCAAGCUAAGACUAGUUACAGACCAGCACAGAACAUCAACCAUCCAGCUCUACCGUUGUCCUCUGGUAUUAUUGGAUGUUAUUUGUCAGGAUUGAGAUUUUGGAUUAUGUCAAUUGGCAAUGGUCAUUGAGCAUACUACAAGCUAACUUUAGCAUGUACACUGAACAGAAAUACAGAUGUGACAUUGUUACCAAUCCUCAUUACAUACUUGGUAAGAUAACCAAUGAGUUAAACUGCUAAUAACAGUCUAGCCCUAACUAAUGAAAGACCUCAAGGAGUCAUAGGUCCUGUGGAAAACUCUGGAAUUUGGCUUAAAUUGAGAGACUAAUACUGGCUCUGUGUCUGUAAAUGAAUGUACACUCUCAAGUCAUUAAGCAUGGCCUUUCAGUGGUCUUUUUUAAAGCAAAACUGAAUGAGAAGAAAAAGAAGAAGAAAUAGAAGAAAUGUGGCCUCUUUUAACUAACCAGGAAAGAAUUUGGUCUGCGGUGUUUAAAGGUUUCUUUUUCUCCAUAGAAAGUAAAUAAAGUGAUUUCAAAAUGUUCCUUCUCAAGCCAUUGUACCCUGCUUUGGAUUUUGAAGGUUAAAAAAAACUGACCAUCUGUUUUUGUACAGUGUUCCUCCUACUUUAGACUGCAAGCUAGUACACUGUGAAUUUGUGAAUCCAUUGUGUCCUUUGUCAUAGAGUUGAGCAAAUAGUUUGAUUGUGAAAAGAUGUAGCUGAUAGUAUGCGACAGAAUUCCCCACAUCAAAGUACAGAAGUCAGCAGCAAACUAGAAAGACACAGUGCCUUUGAAUAAGAAAAUGAUGGCAUGCAUUCCAUUCCUCUCAGUGUCUGUCCAUUAAAAGUUUCACAUCUCCAUCUUCUUGCCGAUUUGCUUUUUCAUUUACUGCAUUUCACAAUGUAAGUUCAGCAGUGCUUUGUCCAAAUUGUGUCACAUUGGCUGAGUCAUUGUGUUCAAGUAUAUACAAUGGGUCCUUUACACAGCCCUUAAAGGAUUUAUUCUGGUUUAUCUUAUUUUGGUAGGUUUUGCCAUCAUUUCUAUCAUUAUGAUGAAUAUCAGAUUCAACAAAUUAACUGCUGAGAUCUGAGAAAGUUGCAUCUCUAAAAAGAGGUCCAACUGCGGCAAGAAACACGAGCAGCCAGACUAUCAAAUGGAUUGUAAAGAAAACCACAAGCUAGUCAAACUUACUAAGGAAAGAAACAAAGUUGAAUACUACGAUGAAAACUGUAGUUGUGUACGACUAGAGGUUUUGUGGGCAAGAGCCCAUGGAGUUGUGUACCCAAACCUAAAUAAAUAAAUGGACUCAAAACAAACGGGACCUGAGGACAAUUUAACCUGAUCCAAAAUCAACAAUACCAACAUUUUAGAUGUACACACUUUCACUAUUAUUCCUAAAAAAUAAGAUCUCAAUCUCACCAAGAUCUCACCAAUUGAUAAAUAGAAUAAAUAGGAGUGAUGGCCAAAGCUACAGAAAUAAGACCCAAGCUGUAAUAAACCAGAUUUACCCUUAAAUGAAAACGUGGACGCACCUCAUCCUAGAUUACUGGCAUCACAUGAGAAUGACACAAUGACACUUUGCUCAGGUCCCAUAUUCUCUAAAAUAUUUGAAAUAGCUGGAUUUGUCAGAAGCAAGCAUGCAAAAUAUAUUAGAAAUGGAUAAUAUUAUCACAGUUUUUGAUAUGGAAAACGCUUCAUGUAUUGUAAUUAUCUUUUUGCAAGUGUUGUGUAACUUGUCAUGUUUCCCAAAUAUUUUUUUAAUUACUUUUGUCUCAAAAGACAAAAAGGAAGGUGAUGUGUCGUAAGCAAAUUUUACUGUUUCUGCUGAAA